AUGCACGAACUCCAGGCAAAGCUGCACUGCAGCAGCAGCAGCAGCAGCAGCAGCAAGAAAACAAGCAGCAGCAACAAACCCAGAAACAGCCGCUGCAGCAUAUACGCAGCACGGGUGCGGCGACAGCAGCCGCAGCACUUGCAGCAGCAGCAGCACUUGCAGCAGCACUACGACUUGCAGCCGCAGCAGCACUUGCAGCAGCAGAAGCACUCGCAGCAGCCGCAGCAGCAGCACAUGCAGCAGCACAUGCAGCAGCACUUGAAGCAGCAGCAGCAGCCCCCGCAGCAGCAGCAGCCCUCGCAGCAGCAGCAGCCCUCGCAGCAGCAGCAGCCCUCGCAGCAGCAGCAGCCCUCGCAGCAGCAGCAGCCCCCGCAGCAGCAGCAGCCCUCGCAGCAGCAGCAGCGCUCGCAGCAGCAGCAGCAGCAGCGCUCGCAGCAGCAGCAGCAGCAGCAGCAGCAGGAGGCGGCUUGCCUUGCGGAGUCCCCUGGGUUCUGCAACUCGGAGGUGGAAGAGUUUGUCGAGGACUUCUUCUCGAGUGAUGAAAAAUCUUUUAUUUUUUUGCAUCCAUUUGUCGAAUUCUUUGACAGCAGCAAACUGCUCAGCAGCAGACUUCAGCAAAUUCGACAACACCACUUUGCUGCUGCGCGGCUCCACCACGCGCCUGCAUGCAUGCGCAGCAGCAGCAAAACAAAAGCUUUUGUUUGUUUAUUUAUUUAA